UCUGCUAAACGAGAGACAUGAACAACAAUGACAUUUGUCUGCUUCUUGGGGCGACUAGUGUCGGAAAAACGUUGUUGUUGAAACGUCUACAAAAUAUCCUUUGUAGCAUGCUGAGCUUUUUGAACUAGAACUUCGUUAUGCAGUGUGAAUUGGGGACACCUCCUUCUACUCUGCCUACAGUAGGGACGAACCUGACUGACCUGACACUGAAGAAGAAGAAAGUGACAUUAAGAGAGCUGGGGGGCUGCAUGGGCCCUAUUUGGCCAAGUUACUUCAAAGACUGCUCCUCUGUGAUUUUCAUGGUGGACUCAUCCAACAUUGCUCAGAUAUCCUCCUCCUGUAUCCAGCUGCUGUCAGUGCUCUCUGCUGAGCCUCUUUGCAGAGCCCCAGCGCUUAUUGUCUUCAAUAAAAGGGACAUGCCUUGCUCUAUGAGCCUUACAGAGAUGAAGUCUCUGUUCAGAAUGGAUGACAUCAUUGCAUCUGCUUCUCAACCAAUCACAACACUGGAACUCAGUGCUCGCACUGGACAGGGACUCCAGGAGGUGCUGACUUGGUUAGAGUGCACCACAGUGAAGUGAACUUUCUUAGGUUUACAUCUUAUCAAGAGGACUCUGAAUGACUUAAUGUCUAUUUGGAAGAACUGUCAAUCUGCUGCUCCGUGUACAAAACUGUUUGUCUGUGAAUUUUUAAUGGCAGGCCUAGGUUUGGAUGCUCUGGAUAAAGUGUCAAAACAUUUAGGAAGAAAGUAUUCAUGGUGUAUCUUCUGUAAUACAUAAGCUACGUUAAAAUUUGUAAAUGGGGAAGGAGAUACCUGCCAUUGUAUUUUAUGAGGUAUUGGUGACAUCAUGGCAAAGUGGAAUGACGCUGAUUAGCUAUUGUAAGAUGUGUCACACUCCUUUGUGACCAACAAUUGUUUAUAUUAGUCACUUUUACUGUUAAAACUCAACACAACUCAGACACAACCAGUAAAUUGAAUGACUAACUGUAAUGUAGUCAAAGCAUGUAUUUGUAUCUGUUCCUAACAUUAUGCUACUUUGAAUAAGGACUAUAAUUUUUCUGAAAUUAAAUAAACUCUCUCCCCUUAGUUUGUAUAACUAAUCAGUGAGAAACACGUUAGCAGACCAUGGCUUUUCGGAUAGAUUUCUGUGUGAGUUCUGUAACAUCAUAGUACUGAGUCAUGACCAGGAGGGGGCAUAAAGUGUACAACAAACAGUU